GCCCUGCCCCUGAAUUGUCAGACGGCGGGCGUCUGCCUCUGAAGUCAGCAGUGAUUUCCUUUAGAGCCUGGCCUUAUCUCCAGCUGCACGUUGCCUGUUGGUGACUAAUAACACAAUAACAUUGUCUGGGGCUGGAAUAAAGUUGGAGCUGUUUACCCCCACUCUAUAGGGGUUCAAUAUAAAAAGCCGGCGGAGAGCUGUACAGGUCAGACGCGCUUCUGCAUCUGUGCUGGGCGAGCGCUGCGAGGGUCCUUGGUCUCCGCUGCGGUCCCUGAGCACCACCGGCCGUGCGUCGUCCUCGGACUGCUCCCGCUGCCUGCUCCCCUGGCAGAACCUUUUUUUCCUCCCCAUUAAAGGGCACUUAGGCUGACGGAUCACUUUGAGAUCAGAAUAACCAGAAGUGCUUUAAGGGAACUGAAGCCGUUUUCCUUCGUUUUCCUUUGGGUUUAGUUUGCAGGGGAGGAAUUUUGAUCCCUUUUUUCAGAAUGGAUUAUUUUACCGUGAUUUUGCCUCUGCUGUUUGUGGCUUUCCAAGGAGCUCCAGAGACAGCCGUCUUGGGUGCUGAGCUCAGCACAGGGGUGGACAGCAGAGGAGAAAAGCCCUCUCCCAGUGCAGCCCGCCGCUCCAAACGCUGCUCCUGCUCUUCCUUGAUGGAUAAAGAGUGUGUCUACUUCUGCCACCUUGACAUCAUCUGGGUCAACACUCCUGGGCACAUUGUUCCAUAUGGGCUUGGAAGCCCUUCGAGGUCCAAGCGAUCCUUAAAGGAUUCAUUUCCUACAGAAGCCACAGACCAGAGCAGCAGCAGAUGCCAAUGUGCUAGCCAAAAAGACAAGAAGUGCUGGAAUUUUUGCCAAGCAGGAAAAGCACUCAGGGACCAAGACACUAAGCAGAAAGACUGGAAUAAUCAUAAGAAAGAAAAAGACUGUUCCAAGCUUGGAAAGAAGUGUAUUCAUCAGCAGCUGGUGGAAGGAAGGAAAAUAAGAAGGUUGGAGACCAUCAGCAAUAGCAUCAAAACAUCUUACCGUAUUGCCAAGCUGAAAGCCAAGCUCUACAGGGAGAAGAAAGUGACCCACAACCGAACACACUGAUGACAGAGUCCUGUCUGAAGCCCAUCUCCUCCACAGAGAGAGCCACGCUGCCUGGCACUCUUGCCACAGUGGCCUGGAUCAGAGCAAAAACAUCCUUCCUGCUAAGACCGUUUCCUGUUCCGGACGCAAAGGACCAGUGUCCUCCUUCUAAACAUUCCAAGAACAGUUAAGGAGUCCCCCAACUUGCUUCCAUCAGUGGGAACUACUUUUGUCUUUCCUCCUUUGGGGUGACAACGGACCACUCAGAGAAAGCAGAGAGACAGAAUGACUUGCAAAUUCUGGUGGCACUCUCCACCCGGAAGGAAAGGGACUCCAUGUGGGUGAGGUUUCUGAAGGGGGUCUGGAGGGAGUGUUUGUGUCUCACUCAGGCACCUGGCACAUUUCAGGGAGCAACUGCAAAGUCCAGGAAAAGAUUUUCUAAGGAAUGCACAAAUUGAAAACAUACUCUAGUUAAAAAAAAA